AUGCAGUCGAAACCAUUAAAACAGGAAAAAUACUCUCUCUCUCGUCUUCCUCCUCCCCUCCGCCCCAACCCACAAGCUGCCAGGGUGAGUCCGCUCACUCUGGGAGCCCAGAAUGUUAGUUCCCUCUUAGACAAUACCAGGAGCAACCGGCCGGAACGGUGGACGGCGCUGGUCUCUCGAGAACUGGUUCUCUAUAAGGUGGACAUCGCCGUCCUCCGUGAAAUACGUUUCUCCGAACAGGGCCAAGUGGAGGAGGCGGGUGCCGGUUACACCUUCUAG